UCGCGCUCGUCCAAGGCCGGUCUUCAGUUCCCCGUCGGUCGUAUUCACCGUCACCUCCGUAAGGGCAACUAUGCCCAGCGUGUCGGUGCUGGUGCCCCCGUCUACCUUGCUGCCGUCCUCGAGUACUUGGCCGCUGAAAUUCUCGAGUUGGCCGGCAACGCUGCCCGCGACAACAAGAAGUCCCGUAUCAUUCCCCGUCAUCUUCAGCUCGCCAUCCGCAACGACGAGGAGUUGAACAAGUUGCUCGGACACGUCACCAUCGCCCAGGGUGGUGUUCUUCCCAACAUCCACGACUCCCUCUUGCCCAAGAAGACCAAGAAGGGUGGUGUUGCCUCCCAGGAGCUGUAAAGGAAAAGAAAACAUUCAAGGACAACAAAAAACAGCUAAACCGGCAGCACUGGAUCGAGUCAACGACAGCGCCAAACAACACCUGUUUUUUCUCGAAUCUUAUUGUUUUAUUACCAUCCUCUUUUUUCUUCGUUCUCUGAACUUGUAUUUCAUACCUUAAACCCUCUUGCAACCAGGCCUCAUCGUACCUCUAUUUUAUUCUCUUGCGGCUAUGUAUCAUUAAAUGAAACACUAAAAAAUCAAUUGCAAUU